AUGGCAUGUCUUCGCCUCCCCGCUUUUGUCCUACCACUACUUCUGCUCUUUGCCUUCUCACUUAUGAGCACCAAAACAAUGGUUGCAGGGGCUCGCUUUCUUCUCGAGACUUCCUUGCCUCAAGUGCCCGAGCUUCCAAAGCCUGAGCUGCCACAAUUGCCCAAGCCUGAGCUUCCACAAUUGCCAAAGCCUGAGCUGCCACAAGUGCCUAAGCCUGAGCUUCCACAACUUCCUAAGCCUGAGCUUCCACAGUUGCCAAAGCCCGAGCUGCCACCGAUUCCUAAGCCUGAGCUACCGCAGUUUCCAAAGCCUGAGCUGCCACCAUUGGCUAAACCCGAAAUACCAUCAGCACCUCAUGUCCCAACUUUGCCAAAGGAAGGCCAUAAGUUGGCUGAAAUACCACAUGCCCCAACCUUGCAUGAGUUACCUCAACUUCCAAAGCCUGAAUUGCCACCACUUCCCGCUUUCCCAACUUUGCCGAAGCCCGAGCUGCCAGCGGUGCCCAAUGUCCCUACUUUACCAAAGCCUGAAGUGCCAAAGUUGCCUGAAAUUCCACCUCUGCCACAUCUCCCAGAUGAGCUACCUCAACCCACAUUGCCCUACACCCCAACCCUCCCCAAGGCCACACCCCUCCCUUCACUCAUCCCACCUCACAAAACCACCCUUCCUUGA